AUGCAGUAUUUUAACCAUAAUUCUGCCAUCUCUGAAUUCAUCCUCUUGGGACUCUCCUCUCGCCCUGAGGACCAGAAACCACUCUUUGUCCUCUUUCUUAUCAUGUACCUGGUCACCUUGACGGGAAAUCUCCUCAUCAUCCUGGCUAUCCACUCCAAUCCUCAACUCCAAAAUCCCAUGUAUUUCUUCCUGAGCAUCUUGUCCUUGGCUGAUAUUUGCUACACAACAGUUAUAGUCCCCAAGAUGUUAGUGAACUUUUUAUCAGAGAAAAAGACCAUUUCCUAUGCCGGAUGUCUGGCACAGAUGUAUUUCUUCCUGGUCUUUGGAAACAUGGACAGUUAUCUCCUGGCAGCUAUGGCCAUUGACCGCUACGUAGCCAUUUGUAACCCCUUCCACUAUGUCACUGUUAUGAACCACGGACGCUGUGUGCUGCUAGUGGCCUUCUCCAUAGCUUUCUCCUACUUCCACUCCCUCCUACAUGUCCUCCUGGUGAAUUGGCUCACCUUCUGUGCGUCAAAUGUUAUCCGUCACUUUUUCUGUGAUGUCAACCCUGUUCUGAAGCUGGCCUGCUCUUCUACCUCUGUCAAUGAAGUUGUCACCAUGACAGAAGGGGUGGCCUCUGUGAUGACCCCAUUUCUCUGCGUCGUCAUGUCUUACCUGAGAAUCCUCAUCGCUAUCCUCAAAAUUCCCUCAGCUGCUGGGAAACGCAAAGCCUGCUCCACCUGCAGCUCCCAUCUCACUGUGGUGACUCUGUUUUAUGGGAGUAUUAUCUACGUCUAUUUCCAGCCAUUGUCCAACUACACUGUCAAGGACAGAGUAGCAACGAUCAUCUACACCGUAUUGACAUCAAUGUUGAACCCAUUUAUUUACAGUUUAAGAAACAAGGACAUGAAACAGGGUUUAGAGAAACUGAUAAGCAGGAUUAAGUCUCAAAUGGAUAGGCUUCCUACUGCAAAAGCCAACAAAAGCCAUGGACCCUGA